AUGUCAUUAUAUUUUUGGAUAACAUUUUGCAUUUUUGUUUGUGUAACAUAUUAUGAGAAUUCAUUUUUGAACAAACCGUAUUUAUCUUCUGUUUUCGGAAAUCAGAAUAUAGAAAACAUUUUAUUAUUAAGAAAAGGAAAUAUGGCGAAUAUUUUGAAUGAAAAUUUAUAUGAUUCAAGUAAAUAUAUGCAUAAAAUAUCAAGAGGGGUUUUAUAUAGUGAUGAUGAUAAUAUAUUGAAUAAUUAUAAAGAUUAUAAAAAUAAAGAUGAAAAAUCAAAAAAGGAAAACAAGAAUAUUUCAGGGAAUAAAGAAAAUCAUGGAAACGAGAAUAAUAUUAUUUUUGAAGAUGGAAACCCAGAGAUAAGUUUUUUUACAAACAGAGAAAAUUUAAAAAUAGCUAGAUAUACAUGGAAACCCAAAGAAGAAAAAACUAAAGCAUAUGUUUUUGCUUUACAUGGAGUUACUACACAUUUGAGAAAUCAAUAUUUAAAUUAUUAUGGUAGACCCGAAUGGGCUAAUAAGAAUGAAAAGACAAUGAAAGAAUGUUCUAUUAACGAAAGCAGUAAGUUAAGGAAUAGUUGUUCUCAAUCAAAUAAUGAUAUAUCAAAUAAAAAAAAAAAUAAUGAGAAUAAUGUUAAUGAAAAUGUGAAUUCACAAAAUGUUACAAAUAAAAAAGAUUUUACAAAAUCAAUGGAUGAUAAUAAUGUUUUAUUAUUUACCGAAAGUGAUAAAGAUAAUGAUGUUUAUAAAAACUUAUAUUAUUGUUCCAAAUGUGGUCUUUCAAACUAUUGUAAUUGUGGCAAAAGGACAAUGUCUUAUGAUAGUAGUUGGAUUCAAACAUUAAAUGAUAAUGGUUAUACCUUUUGUGGUAUUGAUAAUCAAUCACAUGGAUUAUCAGAGGCAUCAAGAAAUGAACGAUGUUUUGUUGAAGAUUUUGAAAAUUUAGUCGCUGAUGCUGUUCAGGCAUUAGAAAUAUUUGUAAAUGAAUGGAAAGCAAAAAAUGAAUUAAGACCUAUAAUAAUUAUGGGUACAUCUAUGGGUGGAUGUAUAGCUUUAAAAAUGUUUGAAAAAAUAUAUGAUGAAAAAAAAGAAUGGAGAAAAUAUAUUAAAGGUUUAGCACUAAUAUCUCCUAUGAUUAGUUUAGAAAAACAAACAAGUACAUUAUUUGUUAAAAUGUUAAUAGGCUUAGGAUAUAUUUUGAAAAAUUUUUUUCCUCUUUAUAAAUUUAAAGUUUUAGGUAAGACUUUAAAAUAUCCAUGGAUUAAACUGGAUGAUGACACAGAUCCUUAUCAUUACCAUGAAGAAUUAAAGGCUGGUAUAGCUUUAGAAUGUUUAUUUGGUACUUAUUCAUGUAUGAAAAGUAAAAUUAUAAAAUAUAUAGAUGAAAGUGAUAUUGAUAUUAUAGUGUUACAAUCAAAAUAUGAUAAUAUAGUGGAUCCGUCUGGUACUGUAAAUUUUGUAAACAAAAUGGUUAAUGUAUAUAAUAAAAAAGAUGAAGAAGAUAAUUCAAAUAUAUCACAAACUAUAAAAAGUGGAGGUGAUAAAAAUUUGAUAUCAAAUCAAUCAAAUAAUUUAUCUAACCAAACAUGUAAAUAUGAAAAAGAUUAUGUAAUUUUAUCAGGAAAGGAUUUAAAAAAUGAGGAUAUUUUAUGGAAACCAUGUGACCAUGGACAUUAUAGAAAUUAUAAAAGGAAGAAAAAUUCUACAAAAAGUGAUAAAAAAAAUGAAAAGGAUAAGAAUAAUUAUAAACAUUUGAGUGCACAUAUAUUAAAUUAUGGAUCGCACAAAUUAUCGUGUGAGCCAGAUAAUAAAGUAACGUCAUCCAUAUUUGUUGAUUGGCUUAAUAAUAUAUUUAAUUAA